AUGGCUAUGUGUAAGAAUAAAAAUUGCAAUGUUAUCUAUGUCAAAUUAUCGGCAAUUUUCCGUCGUUUUGGGUAUCGAGUCGCACAAUAUCCGUUAUGGUUCAUAUUUGUGCCUAUCGUCGUUACAAUCAUCUCAACAGCUGGCUUUUUUCGUUUGAAAUUAACUACAAAUGUCCAUUAUUUGUUCUUUAAUUCUGACAGCAGAAUCGUGCAGGCAAAAUCCGUAAUCGACAACUUGUAUCCAAAAAAUUACACAAAUUAUGAUAUUCUACGAUCAACCGAAUUUGAAAAAUAUGGAGCUGUAAUAGCAACUGCAAAGAAUGGACAAUCUAUGUUUUUAAACAGUACUUUUGAAAAAUUAGAUAUCUUGGAUCAAGAAAUACGCAAUAUGACAAUACAGUGGAAUGGUAGAAGUUUAAAAUUCGCUGAUAUCUGCUGUAAAAUCGACGGACAAUGUAUUCAAAAUGAUAUAUUGAAGAUGAAGAGCAGAAUAGUGGAUUUCAAGAAUGGAAAUUUCAAAAUAAGGUAUCCAAUUGAUAUCAAUUCGAAAUCCUCCAAACUUGAAAUUUCUGCUAUAAAUUUAGGUGGUGUCACAACAGAUAAAGAUAAUGUUGUCAAAGCUUUCAAAGCGAUUAUUGUGUGUUCUUUUGCUGUGCUAACUUGCAUGACUACUGACUGCGUAAGUAGCAAACCAUGGAUUGGUGUGGCCGGAUAUUUAUCAUCCAUUUUAGGUGCUGCUACUGCGUUUGGAUUGCUGUUGCUGUUUGGUAUGGAGUACGUAGACAUGAAUACGCUCGUUCCUUUAGUUGUUCUAGGUGUUGGAAUUGACGAUUCCUUCGUCAUGUUGUCAGCUUUCAAGAAAACUAAUCCAGAAGAUGAUAUACAGAAACGAAUGGCUGACACAUAUUCAGAAGCUGCCACUUCAGUCACCAUUACUACACUAACAAAUGUGGCAUCAUCAUUUAUUGGUCUUACACUACCGUAUUCACUACUGUUUUUUGGAGGAUGUCUGGUGUUAAGCGGCUACAGAGAAAGUAGAAAUCUGCAUGCUUUAUACUGUUCACCUGUGAACUGGAAUCAGACAUCAGGUUUAAUGAGAAUAAUAACAGUUGGAUUUUCAAGUAGAAGACAAUCCAAUUUAAAUACCGAAAAGUGGAAUUUUUACAGAGACGAAUUAGGUAGAAUACUGAGUUACAGAAUAACAAAAGAUAGAAUACAAGUAGUUAUCAAUUCGCCAUUAGAUUACUCGAAUAAGAAAGUACAACAGCAAAUUGAAAAUUUGACAGUUGAUUUAGAAAAUGUUCCCGGAAUGAGUCGAUAUAAUCUGACUGAAUCGUGGUUAAGAGCUUUUAUCAAAUUUGCUAAAAAUCCGUUUUCUUGGGUCUUUUUAAGUGAAUACAAUAUGAGCCAUCCCGAGCACUUCGUGAAAGCUAUCCAUGAUGUAUUCUUCAAAUUCAACUUUGCUAAACGUUUCAAGAACGAUAUUUUAUUCGAUAAAGACAAGAAAACAAUUAUUUCUUCUAGAUUUUUUGUAAAUUCUAAGACAAUCGAUGGUUUUGCUAAACAAAUCGAACUUCUUAAUCAUUUACAUGAUGUGAUCGAUUCUUCUGGUUUGGAUGUGAUGAUUUACUGUUACGAAUUCUUAGCUGCUGAUUCAUUUGUAAACAUUCUCCCAUACAUAAUUCAAUGUGUUUUUGCGAGUUGCCUAAUAGUAAUAGUAAUAUUCUUCUUAUUUAUUCCAAACUUGCACUGUGUAAUUUGCGUUAGCUUCAGUGUUGCGUCAGUUGUCACAUCGGCAAUUACUUAUGCCUGUGCCUGGGGUGUAACUAUUAAUGCACCUCUUUUGCUUACGUUAACUCUUCUUGCAGGAUUUUCUGUUGAUUACGUAUCUCAUAUAUCAUGCGCUUUUGUAUGUAGUAAAGCGGAUACACCGGAAGAGAAAAUGAAACAUGCUCUACAAAUUGCUGGUCAUCCUAUUAUUCAAGCUACAGGUUCGACAAUUUUAGGAAUUUCGUCUAUACUUAUUAGUCCUAAUCGUAUGUUUCACGACAUUUUUAAGAUUGUGUUUUUGACAGCACUAUUUGCUUCAUUUCAUGCACUAUUUUUGUUACCUGUUCUGCUUAACAUUUGGGAUAAUAUUGUUUUAAUUAUCAGAAAGAAGAAAAAUAGUAGAGAGGAACAGCAACUGUCUAAUACAUCAAAUGUAAUAUCACAGUUGUUAAACAAUACAGAUCGAAUUAGUAAUAAUACGUAA